UUGCUUGAUUUAAGCCUUCUUGUAUUCAUCCUCUCCUUUCAUUCUUUCAACGAAACCUUCAAAAUCAAAAUGGAACAAGAUUUGCCCACCUUCAUCCGCCCUUGCAAACUCCGAGGCAACUCUUCUGCAAGUUCUCGUCCUCUCAUUCCCGGCCCUGCUGGUGUUGUCCAGGCCGCCAUGAUUCAACGCAGCUCCACCACCGACGGACACCUCAUUCCAACCCAACAAUUUGUUAGGCGCGUCGUCGAAGACGGUCACGACACUGAUCCCGAUUUUCACUCCAAUGCUUGGCUUUCAGCCCUGCAAUUAGGCGGAUCUGCAACUCCUCUGGGUUCAAUCACUCACCAUCUAGAAAGGGUCGAUCUCAUCGUCGCAGUUAUCAAAUCAUGCACGCCAAACGGAUUCGGCGAUGUGUCAGUUACCCUGAAGGUAUUUCCAUCUUCCGCGUUCUUUUUCAUCAAUGUCAUGGUAUUUAAAUGUCCUCUGUCAAUGCCAUAUGGGUUUGAGUUGCAGGAUCCUACGGGCACUGUCGGUGCUAGUGUCCAUCACAAGGUUUUCACUGAAAGCGAAUUCGCGAAGGACAUAAAUGUUGGAUCUGUUAUGCUUAUCCAGAAGGUAGCUGUGUUUUCUCCUAGAAAAUCUAAUUGUUACCUGAACAUAACAUUGCCCAACAUAGUUAAGGUAUUCUCCAGUGACUGUGGACCUCCAUCUGAAACAUUCACCGACAUUACAGAAGAUUGAUUAAUGUUAUUUGGCUAAUUUUGAAUUAUUUGCAACUUUAAAAAAUCCUUGACCUGGAUUAUGUAGGCUAUGUUGCGUCCCUUGAAUUAUGUACGUUAUUUUGCUUCAAUUGGAUUAUGUGCGUUAUUUCACUUCCCAUUGGAUUUUGUUUGUUAUUUUACCUGAUUUAAAAAGAGAUAAAAAUGUAAUCAAAUCAAGUAAAGCGUGAUAAUGUGAAAUCCAAACUAAUAAUGCGAUAAAAGUACAGACCGAUAAUAAAGCGUGUAUAAACUAAUAAUGCGAUAAAAGUACACAUAAUAAUAAUGUCACUGCCCCCUGCCCCUACGACCCACCCUACCCCUACGACCUCUGCCUCCGCC